CAAACUAAAAGUUCUGAGGGAACAGAGAAGACAAGAGUGGAAGGAUUGCAGUGUGAAGCAAGAAUGAAGUCUUUCAGCUUUUUAUUGGUGACUCUCCUCUUGGGACAUUGCAGCGUCUUAACAAUUGAGAGAGAUGAGGCUGCUGGACAUACAAGUCUAUCAUCAGGCUGUGUUCUGCCUAAACAAUGUCCAAUGACUGGCUAUGAGGACUGGUACAGAGUGGGGUCACGCUGUGUCAAAUACUUUGGCAACCCUCUCAACUUCUCUGAUGCUGAGUACAACUGCAGAAACCAAGCCCCUGGUGGACACCUGGUGUCAGUGCAUAACUCAGAGGCUAAUGAUGAUCUGCUCUGCAUUGUGAUCAGGUUUAACCCACAAAACCUGCGCAUCUGGAUCGGAGGCUUUGAGUUUUUUCAGUCUGGUAGAUUCAUCUGGACUGAUGGUUCCUCCUGGAACUAUCAAACUUGGACACCUGGUGAGCCUAACAACUGGAACUCCAGAGAAGACUGUGUGGAAAUGAACUUUAAUCAUGUUGGCAAAUGGAAUGACUUAGCUUGUCAUGAUAAACAAAACUACAUCUGUGGCUUCAAAGUGAAGACAACUUUGACUCAGACUUUGGGCCUAGACUGAACUUUUUUUUUUAUCAUUGCAUGAAACCUUCAGCAUGAAACAUUGUCUAAAAAUGUGAAAAUGCAAUGUGUUUUCAAAUGAAUAAAAAAUUGUAUUCUAAUAAAACUAAUGAGUUGUGGA